CGGCCCGGCCGCCCAAUGGGCUGGGGCUGCGCGGCGCCGGGGCCGCGGCCGGGGCCGUCACUUCCUGGCCCUGCAGCCGCCGGCAGCGAGGCCACAGCCGGGGCCGGGGGCGGCGGCGCCCGCAGCCCGCCCGCCACCACCACCGCCACCACCAUGCCCUUUGACUUCAGGAGGUUUGACAUCUACAGGAAGGUGCCAAAAGACCUUACACAGCCAACCUACACAGGGGCCAUUAUCUCUGUCUGCUGCUGUCUCUUCAUAUUGUUCCUCUUCCUGUCUGAGCUCACCGGAUUCAUAGCCACUGAAAUAGUGAAUGAGCUCUACGUGGAUGACCCAGACAAAGACAGCGGAGGGAAAAUAGAAGUGAACCUGAACAUCAGUUUGCCAAACCUGCACUGUGAAUUGGUUGGACUGGACAUCCAGGAUGAAAUGGGAAGGCACGAAGUGGGUCACAUUGACAACUCCAUGAAGAUCCCUCUCAAUAAUGGGGAUGGCUGCAGGUUUGAGGGCCACUUCAGCAUCAACAAGGUCCCUGGUAACUUCCACGUGUCGACGCACAGCGCGACGGCGCAGCCCCAGAACCCCGACAUGACUCACGUCAUCCACAAGCUCUCAUUUGGGGACAAGCUACAGGUCCAUAACGUUCACGGAGCAUUCAAUGCCUUGGAGGGAGCAGACAAGCUCAGCUCAAACCCCCUUGCCUCUCACGACUACAUCCUGAAGAUCGUGCCCACGGUGUACGAGGACAUGAGCGGCAAGCAGCGAUACUCCUACCAGUACACCGUGGCCAACAAGGAAUACGUGGCCUACAGCCACACGGGCCGCAUCAUCCCGGCCAUCUGGUUCCGCUACGACCUGAGCCCCAUCACAGUGAAGUACACAGAGAGGAGGCAGCCUUUGUACAGGUUCAUCACAUCGAUAUGUGCCAUCAUUGGAGGAACAUUUACUGUGGCUGGGAUCCUGGACUCCUGCAUUUUCACAGCAUCAGAGGCCUGGAAGAAGAUCCAGCUGGGCAAAAUGCAGUAGCAGUGAAACUCUACCCUCGACUCCAAGGACAGGAGCAAAGAUUGAGAAAUCUACCACUACCUGUUUUUGUCUUUAUUUUCUAUUUGAUUGAAUCAGUAUGUUUUUCUCUAAUCAGGCUGCUCAGUGAAGACAUCUUCAACAAAUCAAAGAAAUCUCCAUGCAUUUCAGAGCUCUGAGAGGGAAAAAUCGGUGGAAUCAGGGUGUGGAUUCCCUCCCCCCAGAAAGAGAGGUGGAAAUGCCAUUUGAGAUCUCAGUGAGGAUGGCAGUCUGUCCUCUGGGAGGUUCCUAUGGCAGUGUACAAACUAGGGAGUAGAUGGCAAAGAGCUGAACUGUCUUGUGGCACUUUUUGGAGUUCUGUUGGAUUUGCAUGAUCAGACAAUCGACUUUUGUAUAGGGCAAAAUGACACAUGAGGAAGAAAUUCCACCCGUGGUGCCAAAAAGGUGAUGUAUCUGUUGGUGAGGAGUGGAAAGUGUUAGUCCCCACACAAACCUAAGAGACAGAGGGCAGAAAUAACGUACCAAGAAAUGUUUUGUGCUUCUAUUGAAAGCUCAGUUGUUCAGAUACAACCUUUCUAAUGAAGUGAAAAAAGAACAGGAAGCCUUCCCCAGCUACCUUUUCCUAGGUAAUCUGUGAUCCCAGCAGUGGAGGGCAUUUCUUUUACUCUGGAUGUAAAAGUGGUUUCAUUCCUUCCCACUCACUGACUAUCCAGUCUUGUGUUUACAGGUGGCAUGAAGUAAAAACCAAACUGAGCAA